GGGAGUUUGCAAGGCAUGACGGCAGUUGUAGGCGAAGAGCUUCAUGGGAAUUGUAGUUGUACUGGUUCCUGCAGCAUGGCUGCCCUCCUGUAAGAUGGUAUCUUCUCCGUUGACCUUUUCAGCAUGGAAACAGACGGCAUCGGUCAACAGAGACUCAGUAAAGCAGAGAAGAAGCUGCGGCAAAAACAGAUGAAGGCCAGGCAUACCCUGCUAAAGCACGAGGGGAUUGAGUGCGUGUCGCACCCCACCAAGAGCCUGGUGGUUGCCAAUGGAGGUCUGGGCAAUGGUGUAAGCAGAUGCCAACUGCUCGGCGUGGUGCAGGAGUGUGGGCUGGUGAAAUCGCUCCUAAUGCCUCCCGGAAAACCAUAUUCGUUUGUGAAAUAUGGAAGGACAGAAGACUCCCAAAAAGCCUAUGACUCCCUCAACGGGAAGGAGAUAACGGUGGAGGACUCUGGCCAAACUGCCGUUCUCUAUUUCAACUUCGUGGAAAAAGUUCCUUGGGAGGACAUGACACCCACAGCCUUGCCUCCUGGCCUGAAGAUAAUUGAGGAGCUGGUUUUGCCUGAGGAAGAAAAUGAACUUUUAGAAAGCAUUGAUUGGGCAGAGGAUGAAGUUACCUCAACCGCUCAGAAGUCUCUGAAACACAGGAGAGUAAAACAUUUUGGAUACGAGUUUCGGUAUGAUAACAACAAUGUUGAUAGAGACAGACCGUUACCUGGAGGUCUCCCAGAUAUCUGCAACACACUUCUUGCGAAAUGGUUGAAGAUGGGGCACAUUAAGGAGAAACCUGAUCAACUGACUAUAAAUCAAUAUGAACCUGGACAGGGAAUCCCUCCUCACAUAGAUACGCAUUCUGCUUUUGAGGAUGAGAUCAUAGCCCUAAGCUUAGGAGCUGAGAUUGUUAUGGAUUUCAAACAUCCGGAUGGACAUGCCGCAGCAGUUAUGCUGCCUCAGCGUAGCUUGCUGGUAAUGUCUGGAGAAUCUAGAUACCUCUGGACCCAUGGCAUCACACCUAGGAAGUUUGACAUUGUUCAAGCAUCUGAAGGACAGAAAAUUGGAGCCGUCACUGCUGACAUUGGAGAUUUAACCUUGAAGAAGAGAGGGGAAAGGACAUCUUUCACUUUCAGAAAAGUGAGGAGAAGCCCUUGCAAUUGCUCUUAUCCUUCUGUGUGUGACAGUCAGCGUAAGGACACAGAGCCCUCCUUCCCGGACAGUGAGAGAGAAGCCUCGAAGCUAGAAGAAAAGUAUGUCCAUGAGGUGUAUGAAGGGAUUGCCACGCACUUCAGUAGCACAAGACACAGUCCAUGGCCGCGAGUCAUUGAAUUCCUGAGGACUUUGCCAUGUGGGGCUGUUGUGGCUGAUGUCGGCUGUGGCAACGGAAAGUAUUUAGGAGUCCGCAAAGACUUACAUAUGUUUGGCUGUGACCGUAGCUUGACUCUUGUGGACAUUUGUGGAGAGAAGGGAUUUCAAAUCUUUGUGUGCGAUGCGCUCAGAGUACCAGUACGAAGCGGCUCAUGUGAUGCCUGUAUCUCCAUUGCUGUCAUCCACCAUUUUUCAACAGUGGAGAGAAGGCUGGCCGCUCUCCGCGAAUUAGUCCGGCUGCUGAGGCCGGGUGGAAGAGCCCUCAUUUAUGUCUGGGCUAUGGAACAGGAAUACAAGAACCAGAAGUCUAAAUACUUGAAAGAAAAAAGAGCUAACGGUGGUGCGUCAGAAGAGCUUGGCAGUGACACAAUAGAGGAAACGGGCAGCAGUGACUGCCAAAGUUCAGUGCACCCCAACCAGGGCACCGGUCAUCUCAAGAGCAGAUGCUGCAAUCCAAACCAGGCCGUUCAUGCCAAACUGCCUGUUCAUACCAACAGAACAUCCUUUGGCUCCCAAGACUUGCUGGUCCCUUGGCACCUGAAAGAUGGCAUGAAGAAAAAAUCCAGGCAUGUCCAGUCUCAUCAACCGGUGGGAUGCUCUGCAGACUCGCACGAACUUAGUCCCAUAUUUCACCGUUAUUACCAUGUCUUCUCCAAAGGAGAACUGGAAGCCCUCUGCAAGAGGCUAGAUUGCAUAGAGGUGCAAGAGAGUUACUAUGACCAAGGGAACUGGUGUGUAGUUCUUGAAAAGCGAUAACUUACCAACAAUACCUUGCAGGCUGCCAGAGUGGAAAGGGAACAUAUUUGACAUAAAUACUUGGUUGCAAAAUGUUAUUUGGGCAGCAUCUGGCUUUAUGUUUAUAAAAUAAAUCUUAUUUUUAGAGUGUUGCUGGGAUUAUUUUACUUACCUGUUUAGGAACUUGUAUCUUGCUCUGGCUUUACCAACCAAGUAUAUUUCAUUUCUCUUGUUAAAUUUGGUAUUCUGCCUUUCUACAUUGAGGUACUCAAGACAGUUUAUACCCCUUAACAAGGACAGCCCCAGCGGCUGCAUGAACACACAGUUGAAUCAGGACUUGUCACUAAAUGCAGCAUCUGGAACCCGAGUCAACCAACCGAGAACAACAAGGUGCUGAAUACAGUAAAUGAGCCUAAAGUGAAGGAUUGUCUAGGACAGUAUAUAUAUAUAUAUAUAUAUAUAUAUAUAUAUAUAUAGUAAAAUGGUGGUUUUGGAACUGCAUAAAUAAAUGAAUGGGUGCUCAAGAAAUCAGAGGAGGUUGAGGAGAAUGGAUCAUGAAGUUACAUGGAAAGAACAAUUAAGAGCAUAAGAGCAAAUGUUUGUCCUGAAUGUAAAAGUUUAUUAUAUAAAGUUAAGUAGCGUUGGCAAGUAGAAAAAACAGACAGAAGAACCCAUUAAAAAGGCAAUAUAAGCAGAGACUCUUAAGCUUUAAACUAAUGCAGAAUCACAAAUAAGAGACCAUAAUGUUCAGCACAGUCAAUUGGCUCAUUUCCCCAGUUUCCUUGUGUACAAAUGUUCCCCAACUCUUUACAGUGAUUUAAUUUUCAUCUGGUUCCCAGCAAUGUUCGCAUUACCUUCCACAAUCUUUGUAAGCCUGGCAUUUUAUUUUUUUAGAUGGAAUGCAAUGGAUUGAGGGCUGGGUUAAAAGAGGCAGGGGUCUAAGGUUUCUGUAAGGCACCAAGCAGGUCUCAAACCAUGAUGUCCAGCCCCUGCUCUCCACAAGCCAACUCAUCAAUCUAAGCAUCUUGAGUGUAAAGAUGUUGCUGCUUCCUCUUCCUGACGGCUCACUCAGACUGUGAUGAAUGCCUGCCUGAGGCCUCACAUCUACUUCUGGUCCCUUUAGUGCUGUCAUCCUUCCUUGGAACUCAGCCUUUUGCAUGUCUCUGUCCUUGACUCUGACCCUUCAGUCUUGGUCUACCUGUUCUGCCACCUGACCUCCAGCUGAUCUACAAACACAUCUCUUAUCAUCGAUUCCUUUGCUCCUCACGUCUGCCUGACCUCUACCCCAACAACUGGCUUUCUAGUCUUCCUUUACAUGGAGCUAACUGGACUCCCAGCUGCAGCCCAUCUCAAAAGUAGGUCAACACCUAACAGCUUCUUAGACUACUUGACAAGGCUCAGCUGAGGUAUGUGUGAUGCUGUUGGGGUACCUCUUUGCCAUGAUUCUCACAGGCUCUUGCCAAUUAAAUGGACGAACAGAUCCUUUAUUGCUGACAUUAACACAGGAAUAAACUGCUGAGGUUUGUAAGUGUAGGUGUAAACACAUCUGUGUGCCAAAAUAAGAGAAACUUACGUCUUGGAGAUGUCCAGCGCUGGGCAGGAACUAUGUGAUAGCUUGAGCUACCUUGAGAAUACUCAGCUCGUCUCUUUGAUGCUGUUGCAUGUUGGGGGUGAAGGGAAUAUUUUUCUCUCUCUUAACCCUGAGAAUGUGUGGGUGGAUAGGAAUUCUCAUUGGCUUUAAGACUGCGUGUUUAUAGCCCUGAGGGUAAAUCAAUAACCAAUUACUUUCCUUUGCAUUUGCUUUCAUUAUUGCAAAUGCAUUUGCAAGGCCCAGCGAGACUGCCAGAAUGACAUAGCAGACAACUCAACCACAACACAAUGCAAAUGACAAUAUAAAGCACACUGGUCAAGCAAUCCUAUAGUCACACUGGAGAUACUUGGCUGCUACACCAGUGGAACGGCCUGCCUACCCAAUCUCCACUCUGUCUGGGAGGGGAGGGGGAAAACACACAACCAGAAAACCCUCAAACAGUGGGCGAAGACACGACUCCAACUUCCACAGAAACACUACCACAAUCCACCAAUCAGGUGCCAUGUUGGUGGUGACAAACACAUGCUGCCCCCCCCCAAGCAGCCAACAAACUUGUAUCAAUAGAUAACACAAUCCCAAUACAUAAUAUGGUGUGUCAUUUUAGGGGGUGAAACUUAAUUUUUUCAAAUUUCUUCAGCGAGCAGUCUUAAAAAUAUGUUUUGUGGAUGCUGUGGAAACUUAAACCAGAAGAUGUGAUUUCGCAGGUCGAAGGAUCAUAAUCUAUGUGGGUCUUUUUGGUUGCAAGUGCUGAAACAAUGGCUUUAUAGGCAGGAUGAAAGGGGAAGGGAGAAGGGGGGAACUGGCAGCACCAGCCAAGCAUUUCAGAAAUAUAUGUCUGCUGCUAGAAUUCCUAUAAUGCUUUCCCCCUAAUUAUCUACAGAUUAUGCUUGCAUGUUUUGUCUCUCUGAGAGAACAGAAAUAAAUUAGGGCCUUGCUGCUGACAUCACAUAGUUUGAAUUUCAAAUGCAGCCAUUUGAAUUUCAAAUGCAU